AUGGCCUGGAACAACCGCCGUGGUGCUAGAGGACGCAAUGUGGACCGCAUGAGGCAAGAUGAGGAAGAUGAGGCCUUACUUCUUAUGAGUGCCUCGUUAAUGUUAAUGCAUCCGUCACUUGCACACGUGGAUAAUAAUCAACCACUUCCGCAACAUGAUGGUUCAUUCACAGAUAGGCAGUGGGUGGAACGCGUACUCUACGGUCAUCAUAGAUGCUCAAUAGACAACAUGCGUAUUACGGUUGAUAAUUUCUUGCUACUGUCCAAUAUCCUUGUCGAGAGACAGUACGUUCCACACAAUUACCAACAGCGCGUGCCCAUACAGGAGGCGCUUGCUAUGACUUUAAUGUUGGUCAGCCACAAGCAUACGCACCGUAUGUUGGGGACUAUUUUUGAUCGAUCCAUCGAGACGAUUAAUCGAAAUAUAAAAAAGGUGCUCCGAGGCCUGUGUCUAUUUGCAGCUGAAAUAAUACGACCGGGUGACCAGACUGCAGUUCAUCCACGAAUUGUAAACUCAACUAAUUUUUAUCCAUGGUUCAAGGAUGCCGUGGGAGCGAUGGAUGGCACCCACAUCUCAGCUUGUCCUCCGACAGGCGAGCAAAUGGCAUAUACAAAUCGGCACGGGUGGCAAUCACAGAAUGUUCUGGCAGUUUGUGACCAUGACAUGCGCUUCAUCUAUAUGUAUGCUGGAUGGGAGGGAAGUGCACGCGAUGCGCGAGUGUUGGAGUCAGCAUUAGCAUAUCCGUCCGAUUUUCCACUGCCACAACCUGGCCAGUACUACUUAGUUGAUGCGGCAUAUAGGAAUGCUCCUGGUUUCAUGCCCCCGUAUUAG